AUGUCUAAAGGACCUGAUUCAUUGUAUAUACCUUACUGCACAAAAAAUCUUUAUUCUCAUUUCAAACUUAACUCGACUCCAGAUGAAUUACAUCGGCUAAAACAAUAUUUGUUCUAUCAAAAAAAACUUGCCGUUUAUUUAAUUAAACAACACCGUUCAGUAAUAUCGGAAUUUAAUCGUCAAGGUUUUCGAUUUUGUCACAAAUUAUGUAUAGAUAAAAAAACAUUUGAUAUUUAUGGAUUUUCACCAUUACGUUCAAACCCAAAUUUAUUUCUAAUCAAUGAAAAGCAAUUCAAUCGAAUAUUAAAUUCAUUGGAUAUCGAACAGAAUCAUUUGCAUCUUAUCAAACAAAAUGAAACACAUUCAAUCGUGAAAUCUGAUCCAUCGUUUAGUUCAAUCGAUAACAGUGAUUCACAAUUGAAAACACUUGAUAAAAAUCCGCUCAAAUUAAAUCGAUGUUCUUCAUUAAUUGCCAGCGGACAUGGAAUAUCAAAGGCAAUAACUUCAUUGAUGAAUAACGAUACAAAACAAUCGAACUUGGAUUUAAUUUAUCAAGAUAAAGAAAUGAUUUACAUACACAUAUAUGUCCUUGUUAUGGGACUGAGCCUAACUCAAGCAUCGACUAAGAUCGUUUAUUUGGAAAAUUGUACAUAUUCCAUAGAUCUCUAUAAACAAUAUUUAAAUCUAAUUGGCUCAUCCAAUGAUUCUCGUACAUUACAUAUUCAAGCUGUGUAUUCUUUAUCGUCAAAUAAAUCGUCGAUACCUGGUCAUAUUAACAAUUAUUCGUCGCAUUCAGUAGCUGUAAUACCAUUUUUUGUGCAAUGCCAAUCAUCGAAAAAUAUCUCCGCGCAAACCUAUCUUCCGUUUACACAAUGUUCAUCAACAGUAACAAAUUUUUAUCUCAAGAAAAAUUUCGAAUCAACAAGAACAAAUCUAAAUUUACGAACAAUACUGUCGAUGAAUAAUGUUCCAGUAAUUUACAUGGGCGAAUAUCAUCUUAUAUUAUCCAAUUGUUCAUUUAAACUUCAUUCAACAAUUUAUAAAUUAAAACCAAAUGAAAUCUUUUCAUUUCGUAUUGAGUAUGAAAGUUCAACAUUAUCCGAUUGUUCUUCGUGUAAUCGACGCACAUCGAUUUGUUAUGAAAAAACAUGUCAAUGUCGAUCGGGCACCAAACCUGUAAGACUUCAACAAGAUAAACAAUAUUGUAUUGAUAUAACAAAAAAUUGUACAAUCGAUUCUCAACGUUGUUUAUAUUCGAAAGCAUUAGCUGUUAAUCAUUUCAAUGAAUUACUAUGCAUAUUGAUUGUAUUAAUAAGUUUUGUUUUUAUUGUCCUUUUAUCGUUGACAUGGUAUUUAUUUCGCAAUCCAAAACGUAGUGAAAAAGAUGCCUAUUCGAAUCAAUCGAUUUUUAUUAUUGACAAAGAUGAAUACACGCCAUCAACAUUGUCGUCAAUGGAUUCAAGAAAAUUGAAAAUUGAAAAUGAAUAUCCGAAAAUAAUCGGAGAAACAAAUGAUGGUGAAAUUCUUUUUAUUUUAGCUUAA